GAUUGCGUCACAUUCGAGGAAGAGUGUGGGGGAUUAGGCAGGGAGGCGCACUAGCACACUUUAUAGCUGCCAGCUAACUUAGUAGCACACACACACUUUAUAUCCGCCCUACGGAGCUGCUGAUAGCUAGCUGAUAGCCUCGCACAGUUAGCCGCAGCGUGUUGGACAGCAACGUCCUCAAAUUACCCUCCUUGCGCAUAUAAAUACACGCACACAAACUCCCUGCGCGCCCUCUUCUUCUUCUUGUCCCUCCUCCUCCUCCUGCAAGCCAGCGUGGACCAAGCCAAACAAACAUUCUUCAACAGUCGACCAGUAACACUCGGUGUCCAGUUACCUGACAGCGGCUCUGCACAACAUGAUGUUAAAGUACGCCGCGGCUCGAGGCGGCCUCAGCCUGCUGACGGUGAGGCGGGCUUGCCUUCUGUCCCGCACUGCCUGUUUGACAACGCAGACGGAGUAUCGACCAAUCAAGAAAGUGAUGGUGGCGAACAGAGGUGAGAUUGCUAUCCGCGUGUUCAGAGCGUGCACUGAGCUCGGGAUCCGAACAGUGGCCGUGUACUCUGAGCAGGACACUGGACAGAUGCACAGACAAAAAGCAGACGAGGCCUACCUCAUUGGGAAAGGUUUGCCGCCUGUGGCCGCCUACCUGGAUAUCCCCGACAUCAUCAAAGUAGCCAAGGACAACGAAGUGGAUGCCAUCCACCCGGGCUAUGGCUUCUUGUCAGAGCGUUCAGACUUUGCCCAAGCCUGUGCGGACGCCGGGGUGAUGUUUGUUGGACCAACCCCGGAAACAGUCCGCAAGAUGGGAGACAAAGUGGAAGCUCGCUCCCUUGCCAUCAGCGCUGGUGUACCCGUGGUCCCGGGAACAAACUCCCCCAUUUCUUGUCUGCAGGAGGCCCAGGCCUUUUCCCAGACUUAUGGCUUCCCUAUCAUCUUUAAAGCUGCUUACGGAGGCGGCGGCCGAGGCAUGAGGGUCGUUCGAGAGUACGAGGAGCUUGAGGAGAACUACCAGAGAGCCUACUCUGAGGCCCUGACGGCUUUUGGCAACGGCGCUCUGUUUGUUGAGAAGUUCAUUGAAAAACCAAGACACAUUGAAGUGCAGAUCCUUGGGGACAAGUAUGGUAAUGUCAUCCACCUCUAUGAGAGAGACUGCUCCAUUCAGCGGCGGCACCAAAAGGUGGUCGAGAUCGCGCCGGCUUUCCAACUAGACCCUCACCUGAGAGACCGACUCCACUCGGACGCUGUCAACCUCGCCAAAAUGGUGGGCUACGAGAACGCAGGGACUGUGGAAUUCCUAGUGGACAAAAACGGCAAACACUACUUCAUCGAAGUCAACUCCCGACUCCAGGUUGAGCACACGGUGACGGAAGAAAUCACUGACGUGGACCUGGUGCAUGCCCAACUGCACGUGUGCGCGGGUCGCAGCCUCCCAGACCUCGCCCUCAGACAAGAUAAAAUCCGCGUCAACGGCUGCGCCAUCCAGUGCAGGGUGACCACCGAAGACCCGGCCAGGGGCUUCCAGCCUGACACGGGCAGGAUUGAGGUGUUCCGAAGUGGCGAAGGCAUGGGCAUCCGUCUGGACAGUGCCUCGGCCUUCCAGGGCGCCGUCAUCUCUCCGCACUACGACUCUCUGCUGGUCAAAGUCAUCGCCAGCGGCAAAGACCUGCCCACUGCCGCCUCCAAGAUGAGCCGAGCCCUGGCCGAGUUCAGAGUGAGGGGGGUCAAGACCAACAUCCCUUUCCUCCAGAAUGUAUUUUCCAACCAUCAGUUUCUCCACUCCACCGUGGACACGCAGUUCAUCGACGAGAACCAGGAAUUGUUCAACCUCAAACCUACGCAGAACCGAGCCCAGAAGCUGCUGCACUAUCUGGGUCAUGUGAUGGUGAACGGACCAACCACGCCCAUCCCAGUGAAGGCCAAACCGUCCUCUAUUGACCCUGUCAUCCCCCCCGUCACCAUGGGAGAUCCUCCGGUGGGAUUCCGUGACGUCCUGCUGCGUGAUGGUCCCGAGGGCUUGGCCAAGGCCGUGCGCGCUCACCAAGGCCUCCUGCUGAUGGACACCACCUUCAGAGAUGCCCACCAGUCCCUCCUGGCCACCAGGGUGCGCACCCACGACUUGAAGCAAAUAUCGCCCUUUGUCAGCCACAACCUCAGCAACCUGUUCAGCCUGGAGAACUGGGGAGGUGCUACCUUCGACGUGGCCAUGAGGUUCCUGUCCGAGUGUCCGUGGAAGCGACUGCAGGAGCUGAGGGCUUUGAUCCCGAACGUUCCGUUCCAGAUGCUGCUGAGAGGGGCCAACGCUGUGGGCUACACCAACUACCCUGACAAUGCAGUUUUUAAGUUCUGCGAGGUAGCGAAAGAGAACGGCAUGGACAUCUUCCGUGUGUUUGAUUCCCUCAACUACCUGCCCAACAUGCUGCUGGGCAUGGAGGCCGCCGGCUCAGCAGGGGGCGUCGUGGAGGCCGCCAUCUCGUACACGGGCGACGUGUCCGACCCAAUGAGGCAGAAGUACUCGUUGGGUUACUACCUGGAGCUGGCGGAAGAGCUGGUCAAAGCUGGAACUCACAUCCUUUGUAUCAAGGACAUGGCCGGCCUGCUCAAGCCUGAGGCCAGCAAGAUCCUGGUGGGGGCUCUGAGGGAUCGCUUCCCGGACGUGCCCAUCCAUGUGCACACGCACGACACCGCCGGCGCCGGGGUGGCCGCCAUGCUGGCGUGCGCCGAGUCCGGGGCAGACGUGGUGGAUGUGGCGGUUGACUCGAUGGCAGGCAUGACGUCCCAACCCAGCAUGGGAGCAAUGGUCGCCUGCACCAAAGGGACCAAGUUGGACUCCGGUAUCGCUCUGGAGAAGGUGUUCGACUACAGCGAGUACUGGGAAGUGGCCCGAGGCCUCUACGCUCCAUUUGACUGCACGGCCACCAUGAAAUCCGGCAACGCCGACGUCUACGAGAACGAGAUACCCGGAGGACAGUACACCAACCUCCACUUCCAGGCACACAGCAUGGGCCUGGGGAAUAAGUUCAAGGAGGUGAAGAAGGCCUACACUGAAGCCAACAAGCUACUAGGAGACCUCAUUAAGGUGACACCCUCCUCCAAGAUCGUGGGGGACUUGGCCCAGUUCAUGGUCCAGAACAACCUGAGCCGGGCCGAGGUGGAGGAGAGGGCCGACGAGCUGUCCUUCCCGCUGUCGGUUGUGGAGUUCCUGCAGGGCUACGUCGGGAUACCGCAUGGAGGAUUCCCAGAACCUUUCAGAUCCAAGGUGCUGAAGAGCCUCCCUCGCAUUGAGGGCCGCCCGGGUGCCUCGCUGCCGCCGAUGGACUUUGAGUCUUUGGAGGAGGGGCUGCGGGCGGCGCACGGCGAAGAAAUCACCCCCGAGGACGUGAUGUCGGCUGCCAUGUACCCGAAAGUGUUCCAGGAAUUCAAAGAGUUCACCUCUAACUUUGGCCCAGUGGACUGUCUCAACACCAGACUCUUCCUGGAUGGACCAAAGAUUGCCGAGGAAUUUGAGGUGGAGCUGGAGAGAGGGAAGAUCUUGCACAUCAAGGCGCUGGCUCUGGGCGACCUGAACAAGGCUGGUCAACGGGAAGUCUUCUUUGAGCUAAACGGACAGCUGAGAUCCGUGCUGGUCAAGGACACGCUCGCCAUGAAGGAGAUGAAGUUCCAUCCUAAGGCCCAGAAGUCCAUCAAAGGUCAGGUGGGCGCACCCAUGCCCGGAAAGGUCCUGGAGGUCAAAGUGGAGGUUGGAUCCAAGGUGGAAAAGGGUCAGCCCCUGUGUGUCCUCUCCGCCAUGAAGAUGGAGAUGGUGGUCAACUCCCCGGUGUCCGGCACGGUCAAGGCGGUGCACGCCGCCAUCGACUCCUCGCUGGAGGGAGACGACCUGAUCCUGGAGAUCGAGGAGUAGCGGAGGACGUGGAGGGUAGGGGGGGGCCAUGUGGUUGUGGAGCCUGAGAAGGUGGAGGCGCCUUUACUUCCAAAUACGGCUGUGUUAGAGUAGUCAGUGUGAAAUAAUUCUUAUUAGCUCAUUCUAAUGAUCCCAGUCAGACUGAACUACAUUCCAUCGAUAGUCUUAAAUCACUAACUUGCAAUAUUGUUACGACUUCAUGUUAUAAACGUAGCACUUUUAUAUCCAAUAUUCCCUUUUUUCUCAAGCCAUUUGUGUUCCGUUUUGCAAGUCCUAGUGCAUUCUGGGAACGUGUCAUCCAUCGGGAAGGUGAGGACGAUUUCUUUGGCGCGUAGGAUAAAGCACAACAGAUCAUCUCGCGCACCAUGUUUUGGUAAAGCACAAAGCGCUACGACGGGAGCCAGGAGGAAACGUGUUACUGCAUCAGUAACUGCGGCGAGGGGAAACACGCCUGGUCAGCAACUGUGAGCUGCACAUGCUUCUAAAGUAUAGCGACGUCGCGUGCAGCUGCUGAUUCUUUGUUUAAUGAAUCCUCUGUCAAGUUAUGUGAAAUUAGCCGGACUAAUAAGAGACUCUGGAGAACCCCAAGAAGCAGCAGGAUUUGGUCUAGCAUCCCCACUGUUUGUAUGUGUGUGUGUGUGUGUGUGUGUGUGUGUGCGUUCGUGCGCGUGUGUGUGUGUGUGUGUGUGUGUGUUCUUGUAUUUCUGUCCUUCUUGAGACAUCAACAAGGAAAACUACCGUCCAUAUGAGGACCGGUGAACAAGUUAGGACAUAAAUCAUAGUCCCAAUACGGAAAAACCAUUGCAUCUAAUAGAGAAUGUCUCAUUUGCACCCCUGGUGGUGAAAUCAAUCAAAAUUAGGGUGGUCCCAAAAAUGAGGGAUUUUUCAAAUUGACUGUGCGUCGAAGUUAAAAGUGCUCCCCCUCUGGUCAACAUAUGUAAUAACAAGUGUGUGUAAGAAAUUGAAAUGCACCCCCUUUGGCCAAAAUGUAUUUUAAAAAAAAACUAAAUUAAUAUGCAUAAAGAGACAUACUGUAAUAACUUGAAGUAAAUAAUGAAGAUUAAAAACCAAUUACAAACAAAAAAUUCUGGAAAAAAAAAUAUGAACAAAAACUUAUCUUUUUUAUAUUUGCAGAGUAUGUAAAUAUUAUUAAUGUUGUAAAUGCAAAUCUUUAUAUAUCUAGAAAGGGUGGUUCCAAAGAGGUAGCCAUUAAUCGGAGGUCUCAAAAAGGUAACAAAUACAAGUGUGUGUGUGUGUGUGUGUGUUCUUGUAUUUCUGUCCUUCUUGAGACAUCAACAAGGAAAAGUACGGUCCAUAUGAAGACCAGUGAAUAAGUUAGGACAUAAAUCAUGGUCCCAAUACAGAAAACCGUUGCAUCUAAUAGAGAAUGUCUCAUUUGCACCCCUGGUUGGUGAAAUCUAUCAAAAUUAGGGUGGUUCAAAAAAUGAGGGAUUUUUCAAAUUGACGGUGCGUUGGUGUUAAAAGUGCUCCCUCUUCUGGCCAACAUAUGUAAUAACAAGUGUGUGUACAAAAUUGAAAUUCACCCCCUUUGGCCAAAAUGUAUUUAAAAAAACAUAAAAUGAAUAUGCAUAAAGAGACAUACUGUAAUAACUUGAAGUAAAUAAUGAAGAUUAAAAACCAAUUACAAACCAAAAAUUCUGGAAAAAAAAUUUAGGAACAAAAAGCUUAUCUUUUUUAUAUUUGCAGAGUAUGUAUAUAUUAUUAAUGUUGUAAAUGCAAAUCUUUGUGUCUCGAAAGGGUGGUCCCAAAGAGGUAGGCAUUAAUCGGAGGUCUCAAGAAGGUAACAAAUACAAGUGUGUGUGUGUGCGUGUGCGUGCGCGUGUGUGUGUGUUUGUUCUUGUAUUUCUGUCCUUCUUGAGACAUCAACAAGGAAAAGUACAGUCCAUAUGAAGACCAGUGAACAAGUUAGGACAUAAAUCAUAGUCCCAAUACGGAAAACCAUUGCAUUUAAUAGAGAAUGUCUCAUUUGCACCCCUGGUUGGUGAAAUUUAUCAAAAUUAGGGUGGUCCCAAAAAGGAGGGAUUUUUCAAAUUGACUGUGCGUUGAAGUUAAAAGUGCUCCCCCUUCUGGCCAACAUAUGUAAUAACAAGUGUGUGUAAGAAAUUAAAAUGCACCCCCUUUGGCCAAAAUGUAUUUAAAAAAACAUAAAAUGAAUAUGCAUAAAGAGACAUACUGUAAUAACUUGGAGUAAAUAAUGAAGAUUAGGAACCAAUUACAAGCAAAAAAUUAAGAAACAUUUUUUUUACUGAAAACUUGCCUUUUUUAUACAUGCAUGGUAUGUAUACAUUAUUAACAUUGUAAAUGCAAAUAUUUAUAUGUCUAGAAAGAGUGGUCCUAAAGAGGUAGGUAUUUAUUGGAAGUCUCAAGAAUGUAAGAAAUAAAGAAUAUGUGUGUGUGUGUGUGUGUGUGUGUGUGUGUGUGUGUGUGUGUGUGUGUGUGUGUGUGUGUGUGUGUGUGUGUGCGUGCGUGCGUGCGUGCGUGCGUGCGUGCGUGCGUGCGUGCGUGCGUGCGUGCUGACAUUAGUCUAAUUGAGUGUGCACUAGCAAAUGUAUAAGCAGUUCCCACAAUGCUCCACCUCCAGAGGUUUAAAAAAAAAACUGCUCCUAAAUGAAAUCAUACAUUCGCAUGCACCAACUGAGCCAGCAAUGUGAAGUAGGCAAAAGCACUGAUAGCCACGCCCCCUCUCGAGCCCCUCCCCCUGCCUCCACACACGUCGCCAAUAAUGAUAAGGAAUGCAAAUGAAUGAAUGUUUUGUUAGAUGAGCAAAAUGCUACACAUCAUGUCUCCAUUGCGCAGUUACAGUCAUACAUUUUGUUUUUAUUUUUAUGUACAAUGUUCAUAUAUCUGCAAGCAGGCAACAUGUUUUACGCUUUCAUAUCCAAACUUUUCGGGCACUGAUGAUGUUCCAAUAAAGUUGAUUGCUGUAGUUUA